AGCGCAGCGCUUCUGAUCUGAAGAACUUGCCCAUACAUUUCCCAGACUGCAGCAGUAACAACAGGAAGUGUACCGCUUGGCUAAGGAGUUUAUCGCUAAGUGACCGAUUCACCUGAUUUCCGUAGCAUUUAAAUAGCUAACCUUGUUGAUCCGCUAGCUGUAACGAUAGCUAGCUACUAUCUGACCGACAACUGCCCAACUACACCAUUCCGAUUAAGCGUGCUUGAAAGGAAAGUGUACCUUUUCAAACAGGGAUGACGUGUUCAUUAGAAAAUGUAUUGUCAGACGCCAAGUCGCUGGUGGAAAGACUCCGCAACCAUGACAAUGCAGCGGAGGUACUUAUCGAACAGACAACGUCCCUUAACAAGAGGGUGGAGGCCAUGAAACAGUAUCAGGAGGAGAUUGAGUCGCUGAACCAGGUGGCCCGACAUCGGCCCCGUUCCAGCCUCGUCAUGGGCAUCCAGCAGGAAAACCGGCAGAUCCGUGACCUACAGCAGGAAAACAAAGAGUUGAGAACAUCCCUGGAGGAACACCAGUCGGCCAUAGAGCUCAUCAUGACUAAAUACAGGGAGCAGGUCUUCAGACUCCUCAUGGCCAGUAAGAAGGACGACCCAGCCAUCGUCACCCAAUUAAAGGAGCAGCACACCACUGAAAUGCAAGCACACAUAGACAAGAUCAAUGAGAUGGCUACAGUGAUGAGGAAGGCUAUCGAAGUGGAUGAGGGGAGGUUGUGUGAAGACGAGGAGAGGAUUAAGCAACUAGAGCUGGAGAACAGUGGUCUUCGUGAGCUGCUAGGGAUCAGUCGAGAGGCCUUCCUAGUUCUGACGAGAGAGGAGGCCUCGGAUAGCACAUCCCUGUCUGCCCUGUUGACCAGCGCUGACAUCAGCCUCCGGAAGAGUUAGGCCCACACCAGCACUAGCUUGGAGUGUGUAUAUAUGCUGCCACCUUGUACAGCCCAUGCCCCCCAAUCACCUACAGCCACACAAACUCCCAGAGGGCACUCAACAAUGAACGAAGCCCCAGGUCAUACUGCCGCCCACCUGUCACACUACAAUGGAGGUAUACAUUAGGAAGCCUCUGAGACAAAUGGGAAAAUCCUCCAGCGGUGUAGUCUGUCAUGCAGUUUUUGUGUUGGCAUGCAUUGUGCUAUCUGAUGAGCCUGUGGGGUUUUAAAGUGUGAAUGAGUGAAAGUGCUGCUGUUGAAUGACAAUAAAACACUUGAAAGGAA